UUCUGAGCCUGCCUCCUAUUUCUGUCCCCUCCCUUAGCUGUGUGUGGUCCCUGCAUCUGAACACAACUUGAGCAGACAUGUCCAAUCACACAAGAGUGACUCACUUCAUCCUCAGGGGCUUCUCAGAUGUCCCACAGCUGAGAUUGGUGGUCAUCCCGUUUUUCUUGCUCGUCUACACAUUUGGCCUCCUGGGGAACAGCUCCAUCAUCAUAGCAGUGAUGAGAGACAGUAGGCUUCACUCCCCCAUGUACUUCUUCCUGAAGAAUUUAUCUUUCCUGGACAUGAGCUACACUUCAGCCACCAUCCCCAAGGCAGUGCUUAUAUCCUUCACAGGCUCGGGAGUCAUCUCCUAUUUCAAGUGUGUAGCACAGCUUUACAUAUUUAUCACACUUUCCUCUACUGAAUGCUUCCUGCUCACGGCCAUGGCUUAUGACCGGUUCCUGGCCAUCCUCAGACCACUGCUCUAUGGCACCAUCAUGAGCCAGAAAUGCUGUGUUGAGCUGGUGGUCACUGCCUGGGUGAGUGGGACCAUCUACUCAGCCUUCCACACUUUCAACACCUUCUCCCUCCCCUACUGUGGACCCAAUGUUGUUGAACACUUCUUCUGUGACAUCCCCCCAGUCAUGAGACUGUCCUGCACUGAUUACCGUCUCCAUGAGGAGGUGGGCUUUGCCGUCAGCAGCUGCAUUGUCAUGAGCUCCUUUGCCCUCACGGUCCUCUCCUAUGUGGGCAUCGUGUCCACAGUUGUCCGCAUCCCCUCAGUGGAUGGCAGGUGGAAGGCCUUUUCUACCUGUUCCUCUCACCUGACCACAGUCCUCUUGUUCUAUGGAACUGGAAGCUUCGUGUACCUGAGGCCUGCCUCUCGGUACUCCCCCAUCCAGGGUCGCCUGGCAUCUGUUUUCUACUCUGUCCUCACUCCUUCUUUGAAUCCAGUUGUCUAUUGUCUGAGGAACAAAGACAUGAAGUUUGCUCUGCAGAAACUUUACUGUGGAAGAAAGUCCUGAGUCCUACAAGACUGCGGUGUGUGGCUCUUAGGGGCUGAUGGAUGUUACUGGAGCCAAGUGUUUUACA